AUGAAGCUGUUAACUUCAUUAUUUUUGUUUGUAUCUCUGUGUGCUCUUGUCCACUCUCUAAGUUUCACUCUAGAAUCUCGAGAUGAGCCCAUACACAGAGUCAGUGAAAAGUUUUUGAGCGUGGCUCUAGAUAGCAGCGAAAUUGAAGGGAGAUAUUCCGACUUUAAUUUAAGUGAUCCCUAUUUGACCAAAUUAGUAAGCCACCUGUCGCCGAUGUACUUUAGAAUUGGAGGCACCUAUGCAGACAGAAUAACAUUCUCCGAAGAAGAAUCCACUGCCCUGGAUGAUAUAGUAGGUUUUAAAUUUUUAGCCUCCGAUUGGCUGAAACUUUAUCAAUUUACCCAAAAUGCCAACGUUAGACUCAUUUAUGACCUCAACUCAUUGAUGCGAAACGACGACGGCACCUGGAAUUCGGAAAAUGCCGAAAAAAUGAUCAAGUUUUCUAGCGAUAAUCAAAUGGAUGUAGAUUGGGAAUUAGGAAAUGAACCUGAUUUAUACCAUUCCGUUUACAACACUCAUGUAGAUGCAGCCCAACUAGCCAAGGACUACAACAAAUUGAGAAGCCUUCUCAACAAGUACGAUAUCUACAAAUCUUCCGAUUUGGUUGGAAUUGAUAUAUUUGAUGUUGGCGGUAGUCAAAGCAAUCAAGACUAUUUAAGAACCUUUUUGCAAGGAGCUGCUAAUGCGGUACAUGCUAUAACUUGGCACCACUACUAUUUUGCUGGCAAAGACGCCACCAAGGAAUUAUUUUUAAAUCCUGAAACAAUGAACCAAUUGGAGCAAAGAAUCAAUGUAGUUACUAGUCUGGUUACUAGCAAUAAGGUCUGGUUAGGUGAAACUUCGUCAGCAUUCAAUGGUGGAGCUGCUAAUAUGUCUAAUAGAUUCAUUGGAACAUUUUUAUGGUUGGAUAAAUUGGGGCUUGGAGCCAAACUUGGCUUAGACGUUAUUAUUAGACAAACAAUUUUCCACGAUAAUUAUGCUUUAAUUGACAACGCUUUUACUCCUAAUCCUGAUUGGUGGGUAAGCGUGCUCUACAAAAAGUUAGUUGGUACCAAAGUCUUGUCAUUAUCUAAUGAUGGUACCAGUGCAAAUACGAUUAGACUGUAUGCCCAUUGCGCCAAGGAUAAUGAUUUAUGGGAUGAUUCAGCUGUCGUUGUUUUUGGAUUUAAUACUGCUGAUGAGUCAGCUUCUUUUACCAUUAAAGGAUUGGAAGUCAGUGAAGCUUAUUCAUACGAAAUGACUGCAGAGAGUAAUUUAUAUUCUCAAUUGGUGAAAUUGAAUGGACAAAUCCUGUCAACUUCCUUGAGUGGUGAUUUGCCUGCAAUGGAACCAAAAUUAUUGGAAAUCCCUAGUGGCAGUUUGAGUUUGGCGCCAUAUUCCAUUGGAUUUUGGGUGAUUCCAAACAGCGGCAUAAAAGCUUGUUAA